GUGCCCGCGGCCGGCCCCUUCAAAAGCGGCCGUCGGCUCGCCGGCGACACGAGCGGAAGACGACGGACACCACCCCGCCGGAACCGGGAGGGCAGCGGGAGGCAGAAAGGGCGGCCGGCGACAGCAGCCAGUCCACCACCGGCGGACGGAGAUGAAGAAGUGCCCGUCGGAGCUGCAGCUGGAGGCGUUCCUCCGGGAGAGCGGCGGCGGCAGUGCCGCGGAGAGCAAGUCCGGAAGCGGACCAGGCGAGCCCGGUGGGAGCGGCGUGUUCUCGCCCGGCGGCGUCGGCUUCGGCGACUCGAACACCAUGGAUGGAAGCAGUUGGUGGUUCGGGAGCAUCCGCCCGGUGAACCCACCCGUGUCGCAGACGGCGUCAAUCUCCGCUAGCCCCAGGGCAACCACCUCAACGAGUCAUGCUCUUGAGAGCGAGUCAGACUCUGACAGCGAAUCAUUGUAUGAGGUAGAAGGAGGUUCAUGUGAGCGAGGCACCAAAUCUAUGGAAACAAAGCGAAUAAGGAGGAUGGUGUCCAACAGGGAGUCUGCUCGACGAUCCAGGCGGAGAAAGCAGGCACAAUUAUCUGAACUCGAGUCACAGGUCGAACAACUUAAAGGUGAAAAUGCAACACUGUUCAAGCAACUUUCAGAGGCCAACCAGCAGUUCACCACUGCAGUCACAGACAACAGAAUCCUCAAAUCGGAUGUAGAAGCCUUAAGAGUCAAGGUAAAGAUGGCAGAGGAUAUGGUAGCGAGAAGCACAAUGUCCUGCGGCCUAGGCGACCUUGGUCUGGCACCAUAUCUGAAUUCAAGAAAGAUGUGCCAAGCUUUGAAUAUGCUCACAGUCACAGGAUUGGAUUUGCUAGGGAGUGAGGCAUUCAGAGGUCCAACCGCAGCUCGACAAGUUCAGAACUCACCAGUACCAAGCACUGCAAGCCUAGAGAGUCUGGAUAACCGGAAGUCCAGCGAGGUGACCAGCUGUGCGGCAGACAUGUGGCCUUGAGAUUCAGGACACUGAUCGGAUUCAAAGCUUGCUAGGCAGAAAUCGCACCAGUUCAUUACCUCAAACAAUUGGUGCCUCUGGAGCAUAGCUUCUGUCAAAUUUCCUUGAACCAUAUUUCUACAAAAGGUUUUACACUAUCACCGUACAUCGCUCGUCUGAUGUAGCUAUCUGGUACUUCUCCAGUGGGAAAGAUACCAUUUACUGGAAGUUGUCAUGGCAAACAGGGAAUGUGGCAAACCUCAAGUAUAGUUUCAAGUAGAAAAUGAACUUGUCUUUGUAGGAAUCUGCAAGAGCCAAAAAAAAAGAUGUAUUUUUUUUUCUGGAACACAUAUAAUUAAAUGAAACAUCCUGAACAAAUGUGUGAAAUAGCCAAGUAGGGAAUGAUGCUUAGGAUCCAAUUGCAGGUGAGACAAUUAUGUUUACAACAAAAUAAAGUGAUCUAUUGUCUA